AUGGUUCAAGACAGCGGCUUCAGCUCGUCGGCCGGGGCUCCCGCAUCUGCUGGCACCACCGCCGACACCGUGGAAACGAAACAACUCCCCGUCCGCCAGUCCUGCUUUGGAACAGCUGCUCCUAGUCAGACCCUGACAGGAAAGCAGGAGCAUUAUCUGAAGCGCGAGCUUAUAUCCAAGCAGGUAAAAUGGGAAAUCAACGAACUCAACUCCCCUACUGCUCUUCAGCGAUUCGGUUCGCCAUUUCGUUCCGAGCACGGAGAGGUCUCGCCCCAGGAGUCGGAGCUACCCAUCCUUCGCUACAUCUUUGUUCACCAUGUUCGAGACUUCCCCUUCCUUGAUAAGGCCAAGGAGAAGGAGUUUUGGCAGGACAAGCUCCAAGUCUUCUUGGAGUCAUUUGCAAUGAAACGAGUUUCGUCUUCCGAGGACCGGCUGGAGGAAACCAAGCGUAGAAAGCUUGCCAUCAAGGCGCAGAAGCUCGUUGAGCUGAUGAUGGUGUCCGGCAUACCUACAUCCUCUGGAUUUGAAGAGCGCAUUCGGUUCUCGGAGAUUGAGAUUGUGGAUAGCAACGCCAUUGAGACUGGAGUUAUGCAUACCAUACCCGAGGGCAACUACAUCCAUGGCUGGGAUGUCAACGUCGCUGGUGUGCGCGUCAUGACUGUCAAGGGGAGGAUUCGGCAGCAUAAACAUGCCGAGUUUAUGCUUCGCAUCAAGCGAAAGGGCGAGCUGGAGCAUUUUGUCGGACGGAGAUAUGGAGACUUCAGUAGACUUCACAAACGGUUAAAGACGGAGCUGCCGGGCCGCAUUCUGCCCCCUCUGCCCAAGAAGAACAAGUCUAGCACUACCGCAUCUGGGCUGUGGACCGGAUGGAGCAAUGCCAAUGACUCCGAUGCGUCGUCUGUGUCGUCUGUUUCCACACGAGUUCAGUCUGGUGCAGCCUCGUCGCUGUUGGCGCCCGCGGGACCUGGCCAACGGAAACCUGGGUCCAUCCGUUCCAUCCGCUCCGCAAGAGGUUCUCCUCGACCCUCCGUUGAUGGGAAGCAGAGUCCUGAGAAGCAGGAUGCUGACGAUAGUGUGGUGCUGUGGCGAGAAUCCUCGCGCGUCUCUCUUCGUGCUUUUUUGAGGUCUCUCUUGCACAACCCCCAGAUUGCCAACACCAAAGCCAUGCAAGAGUUCCUCAGCGGUGAGCCUAUUACCCCCACCGACGAAGAUGUUGAGGACAUAGCGAGGCGCAAGACUAUCGACGAGAAGCGAAUCGAAGAGCAGAAGCAGUUUUACGAGAUUGCGAGAAAGAGAGCUGCGGAACUUGACGAGUACAUGGAGCAGUUUCGACGAGAUAUUGUCGAGCGAAACGGUCUUACGAUGCUUUUCAAGGAAAUCAAGGAAAAGGAGACGAUCCAAGACCUCAGUCUCCAGUACCAAAAGUUCGCAGAGUGGCUGCGGAUUGAAAUUGCCGCUGUGAUUUAUCAUUUGUUCCUCGCAGAAGACAACUCUCCCGAGCUCUUUGCCCAAGCGAAGCGCAUUCACUCUUUGAUCCCCUACUCGCUCCUCAAGAACGCCAUCCGCAUUGCCAAUCCAGCGGCAGUCAUGUCAGGCGUGCUGGAUAUCUUUCUUGCCCAGCCGUUUGGUGCCAGAUCACUGAUGCAGCGAAUAUUUUCUCUCACUUUGAACGACGGCAUCAAGAGUUUUCAAAAGUCCAUUGACGCUCUGACAAAUAAGAUUGCGGAUCCCAUUUUUACCGACAAGCUAAAGACAUACACAGACGCCGAGGAAGAUCUGAAGGCCGCUAUCCGCUCAGAGGCCGAAGAGGAGCAAAUUGACCUUGUUGUUGCCAUUAUGCGAUCCGACCGCAUUGAGCCUGAACUGACUGGAGAACAAAUUCAGCGUCUGUUCAAUGCAUACGUUGCGUUCAACAAUGCAGUUGAGAAUGUCGAUGAGGAACUGAAACAAGGUGCACAACUCUUCUCGUAUCUGAAGCAGCUUCUCAAGCUAUGCACACGGCAGCGAGACAAGGCCAUGAUGCUUCAACUCAUCGAGGAGCCCGUGACGCUGCAACUAUUCCGAGACCUGUUUACGAUCUUUUACGAGCCUCUUGUCAGAGUAUACAAGUCUGCCAAUGUUUAUAAUAGCGUCACAGACUUUGCAGUCUUUGUAGAUGACAUGAUUCAGGUGAGACCAACCGAUCCGGUCCGGGCGAUUUUGUUGCAAAACUGUCUUGCUAACAAGGCAAACGAUCAGGUUGUGGACAAAUGUAGAGAGCAGGAUGCCUCGGCAGAUCCCAAUCAGACAGUGCAAGCCUUUAUCGAUCUAUGCCAGAGACACGAGCACAACUUUUACAAAUUUGUCCACGAGGUGCACACACACGACAAUGGCCUAUUCACGCAGCUCAUGGGCUGGAUCGAAGGAAUCCUCGAGUUCCUUCGUCACGGACCCAAGAACGGAACACUGAAUGUUAAUGCAUUGUUCGAAGGCGGCGUCAGUGCAGGGACUUUGGACAAGGAAAAGGCUAUCCAGGAAAUCAACGCGCUCAUUUCGUGGCAGGAGGCAAGGAAGAAGUGGCAUCACGACAAGACGAGACAGAAGAUGGCAGCAGAGGGCCUAAGCUCUGCAGGCGCUGUUGGGGUUGGCUUCGAUUCAGCCGAUUUCGGCCUAGACGGUCAAGACCUGCAGGAAAUGGCGUAUGAUAUCGAUUCCGAGUCCGAAAAGGAAGCGGAGGAUGAGGAUGAGCUGGAUCCAAUCUCGGCCGAGAGACGCAGAAGAGCCAAGAAGCAAGAUCGACUUCGCCGUAGUGCGGGAGAGCCGGAGAAGCCGGUGAUAUCUGAGGUCCACAAGCUGCAUGAUAACUUCUUGGUUAUGCUGAGGGAUGUGCUGGCAGGCUAA